AAUAACAACCCUUCAACUGCAAAGUGCAAAUUGGUUUUGUGAAUGACUUAUUUCAGAAUUUUAACAAAUUCUUGACAUAAUUUUUUUUAUCCCUAUCAAAGUUGUUCUUUGAAUCAAACUGUUCUUAAAAAUUAAUAGCAACUGUAUGGACAAUUGUUUAGUACUCUUAGAAUCACCAUUCACAAAUGACUGGAGAGCUAGGUCUUCAAUAUUGAGAAUCUGAUGGAGUCAGAAGACUGGACAGUGGAGGUAGCCCAAAAGGGCUCCUCCAAGAGGAUGGAGGCUAUAGAUAAGCAGCGGCAGUUAAAAGUGGAAAUGACGAAUCUUGUCAUCUCAGAAGAAGCCAGAACUAAACUCCUAGAAACUAUUAAAUUUAUCCAAGGGGAGGACUUCGAAGCUAAAAAGAUUUCGGAUUAUAAAGAUAGCAAGGUGAACCUUGCUAAUCAGUAUUGGGUAGACCGAGGUCACCUAGUAAUUCAGGGAGCAACGGACUACUCGAUGAUAAAAAAGAAGGCACUUUUACCUCACGAAAGGCUCAAUGUAUUUGCUUUGAACCGACUGCAAAAUUACGGAUUCCACAAGAACCAUUGUGCGGAAGCCCUUCAAGUUACCAAAGGUGAUUUCGGAAAGGCCUUUGAGUUCUUAAUGUCACACUACAUGGGAGUCAAUCUACCUGUGGAAGACACCGAUGUGCCUGAAGAUGUAUUGCAAGAACGGAAUGAAGAAUUGGAGUCGGUGAAAGAAAUAUUUGGACAAAUGUUAGAAGAACGGAUUUCCAACCAGCUGUGGAUAGUGCAUUUGGACCUGCCGUACAUUUUAGAAAAUUACAAUAAUAGGACAAAAAGUGAGCUCGAGGCGACGAUCAAAAUACAUAAACCUAGUAAAGCCCCUUCUAACAAAAAAGAAAUGUGUCGAAACUUUGUAAAAGGUCAUUGUAGUUAUGGGAGUAACUGUCGGUUUUCUCAUGAACCACCCGUAAACAAAGUGGUCGUUAAAUGUGCAGCUGAAGACGCCCGUAAAGAAACUGCGACAAAGUUUGACUUGGAAAUCAGAUUCCCAAAAGGGUGCUGCUAUCCUCGAGACCCCCCUCUGGUAGCGUUCAGUCCUCAAAGUGAUGACAUGCCGUCCACCCCAAGACUGAAGCUCACUUACUACCUACAAACCUUCUGCAAGGAACAAGCUGAGAGCCAGUUCCCCUGUGUUUACUCGCUCAUUGACAAGUUUGAGCUGCAUAACAAAGAUGAAAUUCUAGACGUAAUCAAUGCAAGAGGCCCGGCCCCCUGUAUCUUGGAUCCUGCUGUGCCGCUGUGUCCUGAGGUUGUGUCAAGUUGCUUAGAGGAGAUUGAAUCUGAUGAAGAGCUGGAGGUAUAUCGGCCAGCGACUCUCAGCAAGGACAAAAUCAAAGAGAAACUGGAACAAGAUGACAGUGAACUGGCAAAGCGUUUCGAGCAAAAAGAGGCAAGUCCAAGGUACAAGACGAUGCUUCAACAAAGAAGGAAACUACCUGCAUUUAGUAAAAUGGAGGCAAUCCUUUUAUCACUAUCCAAGAGUCAGGUAGUGGUAGUUAGUGGAGCUACAGGAUGUGGCAAGUCUACGCAGGUUCCGCAGUACAUACUGGACGACUGGCUGCGUAAGAGAGCCCGAGGCGACACGAGCCACGUAGAAGUGAUCUGCACACAGCCUCGGAGACUGUCUGCGAUAGGAGUGGCUGAGAGAGUGGCCUAUGAGAGGUUGGAGAGUGUCGGUGCGAGCAUCGGAUAUUCGAUAAGACUGGAAAGUAAAGUAUCGAAGAAGACCAGGCUCACAUUCUGCACUACAGGAAUCCUUCUGAGGAGGCUUGAGGCUGACCCUCAGUUGACCUCCGUCUCUCACAUUAUUGUAGACGAGGUUCACGAGCGCAGUGAGGAAAGUGAUUUUCUGCUGCUAAUCUUGAAGAAGCUUCUCCCACAAAGACCAGACAUCCGGGUGAUACUCAUGUCUGCAACUUUGAAUGCAGAAUUGUUCUGCAAGUACUUCAACGAUGUUCCUGUCGUUGAUAUUCCAGGUCGUACAUUCCCAGUAGAACAGCUGUUCCUGGAAGACAUUGUGGAGGCAACCGGCUACGUGAUAGAAGAGUCUUCCAAGUACUGUAGGAAGCUCAACAAGACGAGUAUGAACCAGUUGGAGACACUAGAGACAGAGCUAGAGUUGGCUGACGUCAUGUCUGGACGAGUUAUCAGCAAUGCCAAAACAGCUGAUCAUGACUUAACUGUCAAACAGCUGUGUCAUAGGUACAAGGAUUACAGCAGACAUACUUGGAAAAGUAUUUACCUGAUGGACCAUGAGAGAAUAAACUACGAGCUGAUAGAGACAGUAUUGUUGUACCUGGUUGAUGGAGAUCACCAGUUUCCUAAGGAGGGGUCGAUUCUUGUUUUUCUCCCAGGUAUGCAGGAAAUCCGGGAAAUGCACGACAUGCUCUCCAACAACCAGACCUUUAAUCCAAGAAAUAAUAGAUUCAAGCUUGUACCACUUCACUCAAGCUUGUCAAGUGAAGAGCAAGCUCAGGUUUUUGAGAAACCUAAGAAUGGUGUAAGGAAGAUUGUUUUAUCGACAAAUAUUGCUGAAACAUCAGUUACCAUUGAUGACUGUGUGUUUGUGAUUGAUAGUGGAAAAAUGAAAGAGACAAGGUUUGAUAGCAACAAGAACAUGGCAUCUCUAGAGACAGUUUGGGUGUCGAGAGCAAACGCUUUACAGAGGAAAGGACGAGCGGGCAGAGUCAUGCCGGGUAUUUGUGUCCACCUGUACACCUUACACAGGUAUGACUAUCUCUUGGAUGCCCAGCCCAUACCAGAAAUCAAGCGAGUGCCUCUUGAACAGACAAUAUUGAGAAUAAAAAUGCUACCAUCAAUGUCUGGUGCUGGUCUUCAACAAGUGUUAGGAGAAGUGCUGGAGCCGCCGACAGAAGAGAGCAUCACUGGUGCUAUCACAAGACUGGUGCAUGUAGGAGCUCUGGACAGGGCUGAGAACCUAACUCCUCUCGGCCAACAUCUGGCAGCACUGCCUGUAGACGUGAGGAUCGGCAAACUGUUGCUUUACGGAGCCAUGUUUAGCUGUCUGGACUCGGUGCUCACAAUAGCAGCCAGCCUUUCUCAAAAAUCACCUUUCCAAUUUCACUUUGAUAAGAAAGAUGAGGUAAACAAGAAGAAGAAGGAAUUCAUGGUAGCAAACAGUGAUCACUUUACGAUACUGAGAGCAUACAAUGGCUGGCGUAAAGCAGCAGCUAGCGGCAAAAACGCCGGUUACACGUACGCUAACGAGAACUUUCUCUCUGUCCGCACUAUGCAGACUUUGAUUGGCAUAAAGUCACAGUUCCUGGAGUAUCUGGCUUCUAUAGGCUUUGUCCCGGAUAACUGCCGGGGCCAAAAUAGAAGGUGCAAUGAAGACAAGAUAUUAGAGCUCACAGGGGAGGAGCUUAACUCCAAUGGCGAAAAUUAUAAGCUGUUAGCGGGCCUCCUCAGCGCGGCUCUGUACCCAAAUAUUGUUAAGGUGCUAAGCCCGGAGAAGUUUUACGCCCACAGCAUCUCAGGGGCUGUACCCAAGGAGCAAAAGCCUGAGGACCUCAAAUUCAAGACCAAAUGCGACGGAUAUGUUCAUCUUCAUCCAUCUUCUGUGAAUUACAAUCAAGGCCGUUUCUCCAGUCCAUAUCUUGUCUUCCAAGAAAAGGUAAAAACCUCCAAGAUCUUCAUCAGAGACUGUACAAUGGUCCCAGUACUUCCCUUGGUGAUGUUCAGCAGCAAUGAACUCAGUGUUGAGUUGAGCAACAGCAUGUUCACAAUCUCUCUUGAGGACAGAUGGAUCAUGUUCACCAUCAACAACCAUGCAAUUGGCGAGUUGCUACAAACAAUGCAAAAGGAACUGUUGAAGUUGAUGGAUCAAAAAAUUAAGGAUCCCUCUCUGAAUCUGUUGACGGAUCCACGGGGCAAAAAGAUACUUUCCACAAUUACCUAUCUGGUUACACACGGUUGACAAUAGUGCUCUUAGGUAGACAAAUUUGUAUGUACAAAAAUUAUUUUUUUAUAUAUUUUGUACUGUGAUGUAAUACUGUAAUUUUGUCAAAGCAUAAGGCUAACAGUAGGCCUAAAUGUGAUAACGUUUUAUAUUGAUUAGUAUAAAUGCCUUGUUAUAUUGUUGUUUUAGGAUGUUACAAGAGCUGUUCGGAAAGUAAAGAAUGUUGUCCUAGAGUCACCUGACUAAGGUACAACAGAAGUCCAACCAAACAACAAACAAAAACAGUGUGCUUUUAAACACGUAAGACAAGUUGAAAUAAGUUGGCAAUACUUAAAAACAUUAAGACUACGAUCAGCAACUCGUGCAUAAACAUUUCUCUGUAUUACAUUCCACAUUUUACAAUUAGUGAGAUUUUUAAUUUCAGCACACUUUUUAAACUGUAAUAUUGCGCAGUGACCCUUCUUUUGUGAUGGCUGGACUGUCAGUGAAAAAAAGAACAGGUCUGUACUAGAAAUUGUACAGCUAAUGCAUCCAUCAGUAUCAGAAAAAAACAUUCCCUACUUUCUAAACAACUCUUGUACGUUUCGAUUUGUAGGAUAAUUAUUGACACAUAGGAAAGAAGACUUAUAUUACUACUGUAUUUAUUGUUACAACAGCUUUAAAGUUUAUCUAGGCAAUUUAUUUAAGUCAUGUCUGUCCUUAAUUUAUUUUCAUAAUUUAUCUGUGCUAUUUAUUUAUUGAAUACCAACUCUUGACACUGGUUCAUGUCUCUUAACUUAUAAAUAAACAAUAUCUUCAAUAGUUUUUGAGUUUGUCAAGUAAUCCUGGAUUUUAACAUUUAGAUGGACUAAAUAAUUCCCUCGAAAGAAUUUCAUUUUAUCUGAAUUUUUUUUUAUUAUUUAAAUAUAAAAAAUAUUUAUAUUUCAGAACAAAUAUAAAUGAAAUUGAACAUUAGACAUUUUAUUUCCAAAUUAAAAAGAAACUUUUGUUCAUUUUGGAAAAUGUAUCCAGAGGUAUAAUACAGUAGUUGAUGGUUAAGGUUUUAUCAUGAUGAACAUAAAUUAAUAAACACAUAUGAAGCUAUCCACAAGGUCCAAAAGCCAUUUUUCCUAUCCAAGAGUAGGGAUAGUUGGUUCAAUAUACUGUAGAACAUUAGAUACACUAAACCCCUGCAUUCGUUAUCAUUGGUAAGAAACUUCACUAGUUUUAUAACUAACUAGCCUGCUGUAGAAUAUUGCAAGCUCUAACAUUUUAUUAGUUUAUCCUAACAAUGUAAAUUUGAUUGUCAAAAUUAUCAGAUUACCCGAAUAUCCUGGGGUAUUAAAAAUCUAAACUAAAAUUUGUCAUGUAAGUGUAAUUGGACCAAAGCAACAGUUUGUAUACUUGUUUUGGCAUAUAUUAUUAACUCAUAACCAAAGUUGUUUGCAAUUAUUGAACUUUGUUGUCACAAAUGCUCUGCUGUUAAAUGGAAGUGGCAUGCUUUAAGUUUGAAUUUGUUUGAUUGACAAAUUGACGAGCCAGCUUGAUAAAUUAUUUUAUUUUUUAUAUUAUUUCCGUAGUUUUUGAUAAAUUCCUUACUCCACAUUGCCUUUUUUUAUAUUGUAAUGGAAUUAACCGUAAUUUAUCAACAAACAUUAAACCAUAGCCUAUUAAAAAAUCAAUCUGCCUGUUCAAUAAAUUUAGAGAUGUGCAGAGGUUGGGACCGAACAAUAUAUUGCCAAUGUUUGUUAUUGGGACAAAAGUGAAUUCCAAGAGAUUACAGGAAUCUUAGAUAAUAUAACGACUAUUUUAUGAUUAAUUUACUCUGUUAACUAGUCAUUGAAAUUUAUUUUGUAACAUUUUGUUCUAAUUAAUCUGUUAAAAUAGUAGGUAUAGGUAUGUCCUAUCCAAUCACAAAUUUAUGUCCCGCAGAACUCUAAAGAUUUUGAAAAAUGUUCAAUGCUUGUAAUGUCAUUUGUAUUGGCCAAAAAUUAUUUGAUUAAUUAAAAACCAAUUAUUAUUUUUGA